GCUCUUCUCUAAAAUAAACAUGAGAAUGUUGAUUUUAAUUUUGUAUUCAAAAAAGAAAAAAAAGAAGGGGGAUGUUGUCUGCUGGUCCAAAAAGUGUAGCAGCUAGCUUUCAGCUUCAACUGUUUUGACCCAUUAUCUUUUGUUCUUGUACGAAAUAGAAUUUAGCUGCAAGUACGGUUAAUACUUUAUUUUUGAGUCAUGAAAGCAACUAAAUUAUAGUGUUAAACUUGCAAACAAUUUUCAACAAAUGAAAUGAAUUGAAAUUUUUUCGGAAGUAAAUCUGAAGUCUUUGUGCCAAAUCCAAAGCACAACCUACACCAGACCAGACAAACUUAUACUACGAACACCACGUAUGAACGCAGAUGAUCAUAGUGAGCAAUAUUUGUUAUUGCCCUUGCGGAAAGCUAACAUUAGUUACGGUAUUCCAACUGCCGCGUCUGCAUUUAUGCUAUUGAAAUUUAGGCUGUUGAUAAACAGUACCUACUUUAUAGAAGGGAACAGUAAACUUGUUGGAGCCAGCGUGACGUUAGAAAAAAAAAUAGCAAGAUUUUUUCAAAGAGUUGAAUUUAUCUCAACUUUUCUCAUUUUUGCUCACCAAUCCAACUUGUUAAAAGGGACUGCAAAAUGCAGAUGCGACAUACAAAGCAAUAUUCCAUGUGAAUAACUUAGGUGGGCUCACCUACUUCUAGAUGUUCAGAUAUCAAGUGUCAGACUCCAGUUUAACAUAUUAACUCUUGCAAAAAUGAAGGCCAGUUAGAGGAACAUUGCCUCAGGUGUGAGGAGGUGUUGCAGAAUGGAAUGAUUCAACAAAUUCUUACCAGUUAAUAAGCCUUAUCUACCUUUCAUCUAACCUCCAUGCAUGCACAUUUCAUUUUCUUGAUGGAGACAACUGGCGCUACUACUUAACGAGGUAACCAAACAUCCACUUAUAAAUUAGCUUGGGGAGUCAAGAUCAGGCAUAUUACAGACAAUGGGAACUCGUGCAGUAGAAAGCUCACAGCAGCAAGAAUGUGAACAUAUUUUCCGGAGUAGAUAUCCUCCGGUUCAAGUACCGGACAAUGUGACCCUCCCGGAUUUUGUGCUUCACAAUGUAGAGUUAUACACUGACAAAAUGGCAUUUGUGGAUGCUACCACUGGCAAAGGCUACACUUAUGGCCAAGUUGCAAGAGACAUAAGGAGGUUCGCCAAGGCCUUGAGAUCCCUUGGCUUAAGGAAAGGACGGGUGGUGGUGGUAGUUCUUCCAAAUGUACCAGAAUAUGCUAUUGUUGCUCUUGGAAUCAUGGCUGCUGGUGGCGUCUUCUCCGGUGCAAAUCCAGCAGCUCAUUCAUCAGAAAUCGUGAAACAAGUUGAAUCUGCUGAUGGCAAGCUUAUUGUCUCUGAUCUACCAACCUAUCACAAGGUUAAAGAUUGUGGGCUGCCAGUAAUAAUACUAGGUGAAGAACAUGUAGAAGGAACAAUUCAUUGGGAUGAAUUGCUUGAAGCUGCAGAGCGUGCCGGUUCCAGAACUGAUCACAUAACAAACCAUGAAGAUGAAAUGGUGCAGCAAAAUGAUUUAUGUGCACUGCCCUUCUCGUCAGGCACUACGGGGCUGUCCAAGGGAGUGAUGUUAACCCACAGAAAUCUAGUAGCAAACCUCUGCUCUACACUCUUCAGUGUUAGCCCAGAAAUGGUAGGCCAAGUUACAACACUGGGUUUGAUACCAUUCUUCCACAUUUAUGGGAUAACUGGAAUCUGUUGUGCAACCAUUAGAAACAAAGGGAAAGUGGUAGUCUUGCGUAGGUACGAACUGAGGGCAUUUCUAAAUGCACUCAUUACACAUGAAGUCACAUUUGCACCAAUUGUGCCACCUAUCAUCUUGGCACUUGUUAAGAAUCCUAUUGUGGAUGAAUUUGAUCUCAGCAAGCUUAAGCUUAGAUCCAUCAUGACAGCGGCAGCCCCACUUGCCCCUGAGAUUCUUAAUGAAUUUGAAAAGAAAUUUCCCGAUGUUCAGGUCCAAGAGGCAUAUGGGAUGACUGAGCACAGCUGCAUUACUCUUUCUCAUAGUGACCAGCAUACUGCUAAAAGAAAUUCUGUUGGUUUUAUUCUACCUAAUUUGGAGGUAAAGUUCGUUGAUCCUGAUACCGGUAGAUCUCUCCCCAAAAACAAACCAGGCGAGAUAUGUGUCAAAAGCCAAUGUGUUAUGAAGGGUUACUACAAAAAUGAAUUUGAGACUUGCCUUACCAUUGAUAAGGAUGGAUGGCUUCAGACUGGUGACAUUGGCUACAUUGACGAUGAUGGAGAUAUCUUCCUAGUCGAUCGUAUCAAAGAGCUUAUCAAGUACAAGGGAUUCCAAGUUGCUCCAGCUGAGUUAGAAGGGAUCCUUCUCACACAUCCUUCAGUAGAAGAUGCUGCAGUAGUUGGGCUGCCAGAUGAAGAAGCAGGAGAGAUACCAGUGGCAUGGGUAGUCUUGAACUCAAAAGCAAAAGAAAGCGAAGAGGACAUUAUCAACUACAUUGCAUCGACUGUUGCACAGUAUAAACGAGUGAGAGUGGUGCAGUUCGUUGAUAGUAUUCCAAAAUCUCCUUCUGGAAAAAUACUGAGAAGACUUAUCAAGGAUAAGAUGCUAGAGAGACUUAAGAAUGCAUAGAGUGAUGUUCCAAAUACAUUAUUCUAACAUAUAACAACAUUUACCCAUCUCAAGUUGGUAUUGACUUGCCUAUAUUCUAUCAUCAUGUUUGUAAGGAAGCAAUAUUCCAUAAUGUCUGCUCUUUUACAUCUAUAAAACUUUAAAGUUUACUA